AUGAAGUUCUACACUGUCCUUACCUUUGCCGCUGGCGUUUUCAGCAUGCCUGCCAGGCGAUCAAACAGCAGCGAUAUUGCCACCACCGACGAAUACCUCUUCAGCAUAUCACUGCCCGCUUUCUCAGCGAAACACUCAGCGAAAGAUCCGGCCUCUCUGGACUGGACCACGGACGGCUGCACAAAGUCCCCAGAUAACCCGCUCGGAUUCGACUUUCUGCCUGCUUGCCAUCGCCAUGACUUUGGCUACAAGAACUACCGUGACCAGAGUCGUUUCACCGAAAGUGGGAAGAAGAAAAUCGACGACAACUUCCUGUCUGACCUGAAAUACUUGUGUAAAAGUGAAAAACCAAAGUUUGCCUGUGAUGCUCUUGCCGAGGUUUACUAUGCUGCCGUUCGUGCAUUUGGGGGGGAUGAUGCGAGCCCUGGUAAACGCUCCAACGAGCUUGAUACCAUCUACCAGGCGAAACUUGCUCAAUAUGAGGCUCUUGUCAAAGAGGCCCAGGCUAAGGGCGAGCCCCCUCAAUAA